CCGCUGCCUCUAGGUUCUAGGAAGAUGGCGAAGGUCACUGAGCGUUACGAUGUGACUUGGGAAGAAAUGCGAGAUAAAAUGAGAAAAUGGCGAGAAGAAAAUUCAAGAAAUAGUGAACAAAUUAUGGAAGUUGGAGAAGAAUUAAUUAAUGAUUAUGCAUCUAAGCUUGGGGACGACAUUUGGAUCAUAUAUGAGCAGGUGAUGAUUGCAGCCCUAGACUAUGGUCGGGAUGACUUGGCAUUGUUUUGUCUUCAGGAGUUAAGAAGACAAUUCCCUGGUAGUCACAGAGUUAAGCGGUUAACGGGAAUGCGGUUUGAAGCUAUGGAAAGAUAUGAUGAUGCUAUACAACUGUAUGAUCGGAUUUUGCAAGAAGAUCCAACUAAUACUGCUGCCAGAAAGCGUAAGAUUGCCAUUCGAAAAGCCCAGGGGAAAAAUGUGGAGGCCAUUCGGGAGCUGAAUGAGUAUCUGGAACAGUUCGUUGGAGACCAAGAAGCCUGGCAUGAACUUGCAGAACUUUAUAUUAAUGAGCAUGACUAUGCCAAAGCAGCCUUUUGCUUAGAGGAGCUGAUGAUGACAAAUCCACAUAACCACUUGUACUGUCAACAGUACGCAGAGGUCAAAUACACCCAAGGUGGACUUGAAAACCUGGAGCUUUCAAGAAAGUAUUUUGCACAGGCACUGAAACUCAACAACAGAAACAUGAGAGCUCUGUUUGGGCUUUACAUGUCUGCAAGUCAUAUUGCUUCUAAUCCAAAAGCAAGUGCAAAGAUGAAAAAAGACAACAUCAGAUAUGCUGGUUGGGCUGCUAAUCAAAUAAACAGGGCUUAUCAGUUUGCAGGUCGAAGUAAGAAGGAAACCAAAUCCUCUCUUAAGGCAGUUGAAGACAUGUUGGAGACAUUGCAGAUCACUCAGUCUUAAGGUUUCAGGAACUCUCUGACGUUAGAUUUCAAAACUGCACAGUUGAACUUCUUGGCCUGUGACUUAAUUUACUGACUGCCUAGUGCUAUUUGUAUUCUAAUUUUUUCUGAAGGGGUCAUUGUAAAGAAUGUGUCUAAAUAAACCUCAACUUGCCUUGUGCUGGGCGUAAGCGGGAAGAUGGAGGUGUCCGUGGGACAGAGAUUGAAGACCUAUUGAUUGUAUUUCCAUCCUCAUCGAUCACCCCACACCUUAUUAAAUAAACCAUGCUUGAGUAAACUCA